AUGGCAAGUGAGGAAGAGAGUUUUCUUGUGUUAGUGCAUUGCUCUGGAAAAAUUAAAAAAAUCAAAAAAUAUGGUGUGAAGUUUACUGACAGAGAAUCGUUGAGUGUAUUCAUCAGUUCAUCAAGCACUUUGUCAGAUGUAAAGAACAGCAUCUUGCAGAAGCUUGGGGUAUUUGGAAGCAAGUGGGUGAAGAAGCUAUUCUAUAAGAUUUCCAUCUCAGUUGUGACGACCGGUGUUAAGUAUGAUACGUUUGUGCUAGCGGCUUAUGAAGAUAUUAGGGUUCUGUUUCAUUGUGUUAGGAGUUUUUCGGAGGUCAGAAUACACGAGCUGUAUGCGAAGUUAGAGGUUGGUGUCGAUAGCUCUGGGGCAUCAGCUCCAGCUCAUAGCUCGACUGCCGCAGGCGGUGCGUCUAGUUCGAUGCCUGUAGCCGGGCCAUCUAUUCCGCAUGUCGCUUCCCCUUCCUUCGCGACUGAUCUAGAUCGAACGGAGGUAGUUGGUUUUAUACCGUUGGAGAAUCCUGGGGUCUGGCAGCAGGCAUUUGAUGCGGAUACCGGUGGUGGCAUAAUUCAUGAAGUACAAGGCUUCGGGAAACCUGAUCGAAAUAAAGAUGAAGUUGUUCUGAGUGUGAAGGACUAUAGCAUCCAUCGAGGUGUUGAGUACCGAGUCAUGGAAUCGGAUCAUCUGAAGUAUCAUGGAAAAUGCAAGGAGUUCGGCAAGGGUUGUACUUGGUUGAUUUGCAUAUCACUUCGUGAACGAAAGGGCACUUGGGAGGUUAGGAGGUACAACGGUCCACACACUUGCUUGGCCACCUCCAUUUCUAGUGAUCACCGUCAGCUUGAUUACCACGUUAUCUGUGCGAGGAUUUUUCCGUUGGUUAGGGCGAAUGCUACGGUUACAAUAAAGGUCUUGCAACAAGAAACAGAAGCUGAUUAUGGGUUCAGGCCUAGUUACAGGAAGGUGUGGAUGGCAAAAUAG